UUUCAGCAAGGCUCUGUUCAGUUGUUCUUAUCUACAUCCUAGAAUCGGGGGUUUCAGCUCACUGCUCCUUUUCUUUCUUUUUUUUUUCUUUCUCUCCCCCCAUCCCCCCAAAAUAAUUGAUUUACUUUGCAAUCAUCCACACUGUGUUUUGUGGAUCUUUAAAAAUAUAUAACAAUAGUAGUCAUUUAAAAAAAAUAUAUUCUGAAACCUUUGCAAAUUUUAAGAGAAGAGUCGAAGCUCUGCGAGACCCAAUAUUUGCCAAUAAGAAUGGUUAUGAUAAUUAGCACCAUGGAGCCUCAGGUGUCAAAUGGCCCGACAUCCAAUACAAGCAAUGGACCCUCCAGCAACAAUAGAAACUGUCCUUCUCCCAUGCAGACAGGGGCAGCCACAGAUGACAGCAAAACCAACCUCAUAGUCAACUAUUUACCCCAGAAUAUGACCCAAGAGGAAUUCAGGAGUCUCUUUGGGAGCAUUGGUGAAAUAGAAUCCUGCAAACUCGUGAGAGACAAAAUUACAGGACAGAGUUUAGGGUAUGGAUUCGUUAACUAUAUUGAUCCAAAGGAUGCAGAGAAAGCCAUCAACACUUUAAAUGGACUCAGACUCCAGACCAAAACCAUAAAGGUCUCAUAUGCCCGUCCGAGCUCUGCCUCAAUCAGGGAUGCUAACCUCUACGUUAGCGGCCUUCCCAAAACCAUGACCCAGAAGGAACUGGAGCAGCUUUUCUCACAAUAUGGCCGUAUCAUCACCUCACGAAUCCUGGUUGAUCAAGUCACAGGAGUGUCCCGAGGGGUGGGAUUUAUCCGCUUUGAUAAGAGGAUUGAGGCAGAAGAAGCAAUCAAAGGGCUGAAUGGCCAGAAGCCCAGCGGUGCUACGGAACCGAUUACUGUGAAGUUUGCCAACAACCCUAGCCAGAAGUCAAGCCAGGCCCUGCUCUCCCAGCUCUACCAGUCCCCCAACCGACGCUACCCCGGCCCACUUCACCACCAGGCUCAGAGGUUCAGGCUGGACAAUUUGCUUAAUAUGGCCUAUGGCGUAAAGAGGUUCUCCCCAAUCACCAUUGAUGGGAUGACAAGCCUUGUGGGAAUGAACAUCCCUGGUCACACAGGAACAGGCUGGUGCAUCUUUGUCUACAACCUGUCCCCUGAUUCUGACGAGAGUGUCCUCUGGCAGCUCUUCGGCCCCUUCGGAGCCGUGAACAACGUCAAAGUCAUCCGCGACUUCAACACCAACAAGUGCAAGGGAUUCGGCUUUGUCACCAUGACCAACUAUGACGAGGCAGCCAUGGCCAUUGCCAGCCUCAACGGGUACCGCCUGGGAGACCGAGUGUUGCAAGUUUCCUUUAAAACCAACAAAGCCCACAAGUCCUGAAUUUCCCAUCCUUACUUAUUAAAAUAUAUAUAUAAAUAUAUACGAACAAAACACACCCGCGCACACACACACAUGCACACACACAAAAGAGGAAGAAACAAACUUUUCAAGGCUUAUAUUCAACCAUGGACUUUAUAAGCCAGUGUUGCCUAAGUAUUAAAACAUUGGAUUAUCCUGAGGUGUACCAGGAAAGGAUUUUAUAAUGCUUAGAAAAAAAGAAAAAAACACAAAAAAAUACCUUUGAUGCAUUGAAUGUUCUUUCAUAGCUGUCGUUGUUGACUAUAAUAUACAUAGAUAGCGACGUGCAGGGAUUUUUACCCAGCCAGCUAACUUUACUACCUUCCUUGAAGGUGGGUCUUUUUAAGAUGACCAUUCGCUCAUUUGAAGAAGAAAAACAAAAAACAAAAAAAAAUAAUAAAAAUAAAACAAUUUUUACAAAGUAAUGGGAUUCAAAGGAAGAAAAAAAAGAUUUUUCUUUUUUGUCAAAACGUUGAUCCAAUCAGAUUGGUUUAAAAAAAAACCCACACAAAUUAAAGAGGAAUAAUAAAAAUUGCAAAAAUUAAAAAAACUUUUGCAAAUUUUUUUAUUUUUCCUUUUUUCUUUUAUAUCAUGUGAACUAAAACAGUCUUCUGUUAGGGGAUGGGGGCCAGGGGGAUACCUGAUGACAUUAACAAUUUAAUAACACUAACAUUGUUGCCAAAGAGGUGGUCUCUUUGCUGAAAAUGGGUUUCAAGAAAAAUCUAUUUUUAUAAAAUAUAAAGAAUUUUUACAAGAGAAUCUGGAUUUGAGAAAAAAAUAUUUUGACUGGCUAAUUUAGGGGAAAUUGACAACUUUGUCGCGUUCAUACUGCACUGGUAACUUUUUAGAGAUCAAGAUGUGUGUUUUAAACUGGAUUCGUAGACUGUUUUUUGAAGGAUGGGCUAUAAACAGAUGAUCUUCAUAUCUUUUCAUAGCAUGUAAUAAUAAUUAAAAAAAUUAUUAAUUACUAGGGGAAAGGAGUGUUCGUUCUACCCAGGGUACCACAGUUCCCCACAGUCAAAACCCAAAAGCAAGGAGAUGAGUUGAAAGACAGUUUUUCUUUAAGUCAUCAGUAUGGGAUGUCAGCAGAACAAAAAUUUAAAAGAUUAAUUUUCCUUUUGAUCUAAAACUUCCUUAGUUUGAGCAGUAGGUGCUACGAAAUUAUUUACAUAUCUUAGUAUCAUAGUUAAAUGUAAUGUGUUUAGGAGAGGAAAACAAAAGAUACCUUUGCUUUAAAUUCAUUAAGGAAUUUUCAAAUUCACUUUGUAGCCCAUGCUGAUAGAAUUGGGCUGUGUUGGUACAUUUGAAACACUGUUUAUGUUGCUUGAAACACUUAUUUAUUUAAUCGCCGAUGUGAUGAUGCCUAUGGCCGAGAUCAAAUAUAGCUAGAUUGGCUAGACUACUUAUUUGUUUACUUAAACUAUGGGAAGAAGCAUAUUAUUGUGUCAUUCUGUUGUGUGUGUAUGUGUAUAUACAAUAUAAAUAUAUAUAUAUAAAGUUAUUUUUUCUUUGAGUUAAUUUAUUAUAAGUUGUAACACUUGGCUAGUUUUGUUUGUAUAUGUCAAAAUGUUUUCUUAUGAUAUUUAAGUGACAGUUAAAGAGGUAUCAAGGUAACUUGUGUAGAACUAUUGUUUGAUAUAUUGUCAUGUUUGUUGUGAAUAUUUUUUCUUACUGCACAGUAGAAAAAUAAAAACAACUGGGUCUUUAUUUUAAUGUAAUUCAGAUUGGGGAAAACAAAACAGAGCUAAGGGAACAAAAUGACUGAGGGAGCAUUCUCCCAUGUCCAGUGCACUGAUCAUUUUAGUAUGUUUGUGCUUUGUACGGUUAUAUAUUUAAAACAAAAACAAAACAAAAAAAUACAAGGGUUCAUGCUCUUCCCUGGGUAAUAGAAACAGUUACUCGCUAUGCAUAAUCUAGUUGAUAGUUAAAUUUGCUAUUGCUUUUCUUGUCUUGUUAUAUACAAUCUUUUCAAUACCAGUUUAGUCUUAAUGGUAAUAAAACGUUAUGGUUAUUUAUAA